UAAUAAUUCGCGUCUUUAUAAUUGUUUUCAAACUCAAUCGUUCUCCAUGCCAUGAUGAAGAUGAUGACAAUAUAAAUGUAACAAACGUAACACACCCCAACCCCAUAACAUAAAACGGUUUUUGGUUGUUUGUUGUUUGUUGUGUUGUCCUUUUUAGCACUUAUUUUUGUGACACACAUAUUAAUAAAGUUUGAAAGAAGAAGAAGAAGAAUGGAACGUGGGGUUGUGGAUGGCAUUAUCAACAGGCUUCUAGAAGUAAGAGGCAAACCGGGGAAGCAAGUGCAGCUCUCUGAGGCUGAGAUCAGGCAGCUAUGCCUUGUCUCCAAGGACAUCUUCUUGAGACAACCUAACCUUUUGGAACUUGAUGCACCAAUCAAGAUCUGUGGGGAUAUCCAUGGUCAAUAUUAUGAUCUUCUGAGAAUCUUUGAAAAUGGUGGAUUCCCACCUCGUUCCAAUUACUUGUUCUUAGGAGACUACGUUGAUCGCGGAAACCAAAGUCUUGAGACAAUAUCUCUUCUUCUAGCAUACAAAAUCAAAUACCCUCAGAACAUUUUCCUCCUCAGGGGAAACCAUGAAUGCGCUUCCAUAAACCGUAUCUACGGUUUCUACGACGAAUGCAAGAGAAGAUACAGUGUGAAGCUGUGGAAAACAUUCACGGAUUGCUUCAACUGCUUGCCCGUGGCGGCUCUUAUCGACGACAAGAUACUCUGCAUGCAUGGUGGACUCUCCCCUGAAUUGCACAACUUGAACCGGAUAAGGACUUUGCGCCGUCCGGUCCAAGUGCCCGACAGUGGUCUGCUAUGUGAUCUUCUCUGGUCUGAUCCCUGCGGAGACAUUCAAGGCUGGGGAGGAAGCGAACGCGGAGUUUCGUGUACUUUCGGCCCUGAUAGGGUCACUGAGUUUCUGAGGAAGCAUGAUCUUGAUUUGAUCUGUAGAGCACAUCAGGUGGUGGAAGACGGAUAUGAAUUCUUUGCUAAUAGGCAACUUGUAACAAUCUUCUCUGCACCAAAUUACUGUGGGGAAUUUGACAAUGCUGGUGCUAUGAUGAGUGUUGAUGAGACACUUGUGUGUUCUUUCCAAAUAUUGAAGCCUCUAGAGAAUCAAAAGCUGCAGCAGCUUUAUAAGUUUGGUUAUGGAAGCACAACUACAGUUAAGCCUAGUCCUCCCACAAAAUUCAAGCAAGCAUUUCUUGGUGCAAACGCAUGAACUGAUGGAGAUGACUUUUAAUGUUUUUCGGAACAUAACAAGAGUUGUUCUUGGAAUGAGGAAGCGUUGUCUGUGUUCACUACAAUGUGAAGGAAGAAAAUAAUACAACUAACGUAAGAGCCUUAAAGAGUAAAGGAUAAUUAGGUUCCUUUACCCUUUAGCUACAACUGAUUUCUUUUUGCUUUUUUGCUUCUCUAUCGGAGGAGUAGCACAUUGUACAAUAUUGUCAAACACAAAUGGAUAAAUUGAGGUGUCAUUUUCCUUUAUUUA